AUGGCGACCUCCUGCGGGCUCGUGCGUGCCUGGAGGCGGCUGAGUCUGGGGGUCCUGCCGCGCAGGGCAUUAUGGGACGGCCUGAGGAAGAAGGUGAGAGAACCAGAGGUGGUUGAAACAGCUGUUCUAGUGAAAGAACCACCCAUCCUGGUAUGUCCCCCACCACGCAGUAGGAAGUACCUUCCCCCAGAGGAUCUCCAGAGUCGUCUUGAGUCUCAUGUCAGGGAAAUCUUUGGACCCUCACUCUCUGAGGACUGGCAAAAGGCCUCACUAAAAGAAAGCAAGUUAAAGUAUCGCCUGCUGGCGCAACUGGCUGCAGAACUAGGCCAUGCGGUCCCCAAUUCACGACUCCACCAAAUGUGCACUGCUGGGGAUGUCUUAGCUUUCUACAGCACGCAGGUCAAAGAUGCCUCAAAAUUUGAUGAGCUAUGCACUGCAGAGCUGCCUUCAAACCUAAAGAUUAUGUGGGAACACUGAGUCAUGCCAGAGAAGAGGGAUGACUUCUGGGAUGAUGUCUAAGCGACAUUCAUCAUGGUGAUGGUCUACACAUCAUAUACUCCGUUGGGAGUUCAUUUAAAUGUCUUCAGAUUUCAAGGACACGGCUUACUGCUUCCAAAAAAAAAAAA